AUGUCGUCAUCGCUUCCUUAUUUUACUCCCUCAGAAGUGUAUGUACAUAACACGCCAGACGACAUAUGGGUGUCUUUCUUGGGAAAAAUUUACGAUCUAACGCCGCUGGUCAAACAGUAUGAGGGAAGUGAUAUAAUUAAGCCGAUUUUGGCGAAUGCCGGCAAAGAUAUAUCCCACUGGUUUCAAAAGGAAACAGGGCAGAUUAGGCACUAUAUUCAUCCAAUAAUGGACGUCUCUGUACCAUAUGCACCACAUGGUCCACUGCCCCAUAUUGGACCUCAAGUACCAACUACAGCCUGGAGGCAGCUAACACAUCCUCCAUGGUGGGAAGAUAAGAAGCUUAUCGUGGGGAACCUCACAAAGCGAGCACGGCCUAUUCGACUGCGUAACAUGAACACUGGGGAGCAGUUCACGCUUACUGUUUGCUGUGAAGAUAAACUGAAGCGAAUAGUGGAACGCGCUCUUCCGUUUAACACACAUGGAUUCAGCUACACCUACAAAUUUGAGGGUCGCGUGUUGGACUUCAACAAGACCCUGCACGACAAUGGUAUUCCUGAUGAGAGAGAUCGCUACCUCAGUGUGGGAUUGGACGAAAACUACUUUAUUCCAGCGCUUGCAAUGUAUUUCAAUGACGACCUAACUGUAGCAUGA